AUGGAGGAUGUGCGUAGACUUCACCGACCUGAACAAGGCAUGCCCAAAGGACUCCUUCCCAUUACCUCACAUCGAUUAGUUGAUAGACGCGACAGCCGGGCACGAGCUGCUAAGCUUCUUGGAUGCCUACUCUGGCUACAAUCAGAUCCUGAUGGCCGAAGAAGACCAAGAGAAGACGACUUUUAUUACUCACCAGGGGACAUACUGCUACAAGGUGAUGCCCUUUGGGCUCAAAAACGCGGGUGCAACAUACUAGAGGUUGGUCACCAAUAUGUUCAAAGACCAGCUCGGCAAGACAAUGGAGAAAAAUACGCCUUCGGCGUGGCUUCAGGAAAAUUCCUGGGUUUUCUCGUAUCACAGCGAGGUAUCGAAGUCAACCCGGACCAGAUCAAGGCCACAGACACGAUACCCGAGAUCCUGAAUAGCAAGAAGCAGGUGCAGAAACUAACAGGAUGCCACAAAUUCUUCAAUUUACUGAGAAAAGAUCGAGGGCUGCAAUGGAACGAGGAAUGCAUCAAAGCACUAAGGAAAUUGAAGGAAUAUCUAUCUUCGCCACCUUUGCUCGUCAAAGCAGACCCAGGCGAGUGCCUACUCGUGUACCUGACGGUGUCUGAAGUUGCUGUCAGCGCCGUCCUAGUUCGCGAAAACAAAGGAAUGAAGCUAGCCAUCAAAUACGGGGCCCGUCGGCUCAUCCUCCAUUGCGACUCUCAACUCGUAGUAAACCAAGUCACCGGAACCUACCAAAUCAAAGAGCAGAGGCUACAAAAAUACCAGUCAGAAAUCCAUAAGCUGAUGCCGGAGUUCGACGAAUGCCGCUUCGAGCAAAUUCCCAGGGGACAAAAUGUCAAAGCGGAUAGCCUGGCAAAGCUGGCCGCGACCACCAAAAAUAUCAACAAAGAAAACGUGGUCACUCUCCUCCAUUCAGCCGUCGACCACGUCGAGGACGGGACACUCCCACGCGACAAAAAGGAGGCCAAGAAACUUCGGGUGCAAGCAGCCCGCUACAGCCUAAUAAAUCACGAUCUCUACAAGAGAACGUUCGGUGGUCCCCUUGCUAAAUGUCUAGGGCCACACCAGACUAGGCAAGUAUUAGAAGAAGUGCAUGAAGGUCAUUGUGGCGCCCAUACGGGGAACCGCGCUGUUGUCCGAUGCCUCAUACGCGCCGGCUACUACUGGCCCACCAUGAAGAAAGAGGCAGCGGACUAUGUCCGAAAAUGUAAACAAUGCCAAAAGUACGCCCCUAUGAUACACCAGGCAGGAGAACUCCUCCAUUCGGUCACUUCGCCAUGGCCAUUCAUAAAAUGGGGAAUGGAUAUAAUCGGCCCUCUACCGGCAGGACGAGGAAACAAUUCUCCAUUGUACGAACAAGAUCUCCAUUACAUGAGCAAGAGGCAGUCGACAUUCGACGACGAAUACUACCUCGACGACAGUCGAAGUAACAUCCUAAUGGCUAAGGCCAUCGAUAUCGGUUCGACCCCGUUCGAACCACGACGGAUACUACCUCGACGACAGUCCAAGUAA